CUGCCUGACUAGACUGGAGCCCUAAUGAGGCUGCGGGGGGUGGAGCCUGCCCUUUCAUCUUGAGAUCUCCAAGCACCUGGUGGUUGGGGAGCCUUUUCCCUGGGGCUCCGCCCUGCACACUGGCUGAGAGACAGGAGGUAGGAGAUGGGGGGCGGCUGGGGCUCCCCAGAGGUCCACUUGGCCUCCCUCCCAGGCCAGCCGCUCUUUGCCACCUUCCCCCAGCCAGUUGUCCUCCAGCCCGUCUCUCACUGGUCAGUUUGUUUGAAUCAGAGCUGCCUCAUUGGCCAUCCUGCGGCCCUCCCUUCCUGCCUGGCCUCUGGCUCCCACCUUUCUAACUGUCCCAGCCCCGCCCCCCAGUAUCUCUGUCUCUGUGUCUCUGCCCAGGCUCACUGCGUUGUCUCUGACUCCCCCUCCCAGCAGCAAGGAGGCGGGCCGGGGUCUCCUUCCCUCUGCCCCCCCCAGGCCCAGCGGCCCUUGUGGGCAGCACCAAACAGCAGGGACUCUGAGUCAGUCCCCUCCCCAGCUCCCGCCUCCCCGUGGCAGCUGAGGUUGAACCCCUGCCAAGGGGGCAGGCCCUGAGGAGGGAAGCUGGGCCGCUUGGAGCCGGGGCAGCCAGCCGGAGCGGGCCUCAGAUACUGCCAUGCCAGGAGAGGAGAGCUGGCUCCCUCUGGGCCGGGAGCCCCCCCUACCUGGGCUAGCCACGCUCUGAGCCCCUGCCUGGGCCCAGCCUCCCCCGGCCGGAGAGCAGAAGGCUGGAGGCCUGGUAGCUGGCACCAGGUGACCGCAGCCCCUGCACCAUGUUCGGGAAGAAGAAGAAGCGGCUGGAGAUCUCGGCCCCCUCCAACUUCGAGCACCGCGUGCACACGGGCUUUGACCAGCAGGAGCAGAAGUUCACGGGGCUCCCGCGCCAGUGGCAGGGGCUCAUCGAGGAGUCGGCCCGGCGGCCCAAGCCCCUCAUCGACCCCGCCUGCAUCACCGCCAUCCAGCAUGGGGCCCACAAGGUACGCGCCAGGGGGAGGAAGGGGGGCAAGGGAGGGGCCAAGGCAAGGCCCUCGCUGUUGGAUGAGUUUGAGAACAUGUCUGUGACCCGGUCCAACUCACUCCGGCGGGACAGCCCCCCCCUGCCCCUGCUGGCUCCUCCGGGCCCGCCCCAAGAGAAUGGGCUGACUGAGGCCCAGGGAUCGGGGGCUCGUGCCUGGGCCCGGCAAGGGCACCCGGGCCCGGGGCAGGGGGUCCCCGAGGGUGGAGGCCGCCGGCAGGGGCCCGGUGGGGAAGGGGGCGGGAUGGAGAAGAGGCCCAAGUCAUCAGGGGAGGGAGCUCCAGGCCAGCCGGGGAGCCCCCAGCCGGCCCGGGACAAACGGCCCCUGUCGGGGCCCGACGUCCGGACCCCACGGCCCCCGGGUGCAGGAGGUGGGGCGAAGUCAUCGGCCGGGAGGCCGUUUAACACGUAUCCGCGUGCUGACUCGGACCAUCCCCCGAGGGGCCCAGGGCCCCAGGGAGAGCCCCGCCAUCCUGCCCCCAACGGUCCCUCCGCAGGAGGGCUCCCUGCACACUCUUCCAAGCCGCCGCCCCGUGCUGCCCGGGGCCCAGAGCCCGCCCCUGCCCCGGGUACCCUGAGCCCGCACGCUUCGGAACCCCAGCUGGCCUCUCGUGUCCCCCCCCCGCCUUCAGCCCAGCCUGCCGUGCCCCCGUCGGGACCCCGCUCCCCCCAGAGGGAGCCCCAGAGGGUGUCCCACGAGCAGUUCCGGGCCGCGCUGCAGCUCGUGGUGGAUCCGGGCGAUCCCCGGACCUACCUAGACAACUUCAUCAAGAUUGGCGAGGGCUCCACGGGCAUCGUGUGCAUCGCCACGGUCCGGAGCAGUGGCAAGCUGGUGGCCGUGAAGAAGAUGGACCUUCGGAAGCAGCAGCGACGGGAGCUGCUCUUCAAUGAGGUGGGAGUGGGGGAAGGGGCUGAGUCGGGGGGCCCCCCUCCAGCCUGGCCCCGGGCCCAAACCUUGUCUUGUGGCCCUCGGGAGGCCUGGGCUCUCUUAGGGCCCCUGGCGGGGGGCGGGGCCCGGUUCCUCUCAGGUUUCCCCAGGAUGAAUGAGGAGCAGAUUGCUGCCGUGUGUCUGGCUGUCCUGAAGGCUCUGUCUGUGCUCCAUGCCCAGGGCGUGAUCCACCGUGACAUCAAAAGUGACUCGAUCCUGCUGACCCACGACGGGCGGGUGAAGCUCUCCGACUUCGGCUUCUGCGCCCAGGUGAACAAGGAGGUGCCCAGGAGGAAGUCCCUGGUGGGCACCCCCUACUGGAUGGCUCCCGAGCUCAUCUCCCGCCUGCCUUACGGGCCCGAGGUGGACAUAUGGUCCCUAGGAGUAAUGGUCAUUGAGAUGGUAGAUGGGGAACCCCCAUAUUUCAAUGAACCGCCCUUGAAGGCCAUGAAGAUGAUCCGGGACAACCUGCCCCCCAAGCUGAAAAACCUCCACAAGGUUUCCCCCUCCCUUAAGGGCUUCCUGGAUCGCCUGCUGGUGCGGGACCCAGCGCAGAGAGCCACGGCCAGUGAACUGUUGAAGCAUCCCUUCUUGGGCAAGGCAGGCCCCCCAGCCAGCAUCGUGCCCCUCAUGCGCCAGAACCGCAUGAGAUGAGACUGGACCAGCCCUGGCCCUCCCCCUAACCAAAGAAGCGCCUCAAAGGCAGGUAUCCUGCCCGGGAGAAGCAGGAGGGAGCUCAGUGGGCGCCCCGGCCCCCCCUCGUGCAUUUGCUAGAUGCCUCCUGGCAGACUUGGCCCCGGGCACCCCGUGGCUCCUUCAGACCCUUCUGGGGAACUCAACUACUGAGUUGCGGUUUUGAUGUUUUGCUGUUUUUAAAUAAUGACUUGGGAGCAAGGGCGCCGAGGGUCUCUCAGACCGGAGCCCCUUGCCAUCUGCCUCCUUUGGGGCCGGUUGGCUUGACACUGGAAAUCUGCAGAGCGGGAGAGCUCUCCCGGCCUCGAGAGAGGGCGGCUGGGGCGGGCAGUGGGCACAGAGGCACCCGCGCCCUUCCGCGCCGUGCUGGGUGUCUGCGUGUGGCGGGGGAUGCUGGCGCUUGCCUGCGUCUCUGUGCUUUUGUUCGAGUGCAUGAAGCGAGGCGCGUGCAAGUGCCAGAGCGGUGACGUCUGGGGGCCGCCUCCACCCCCCUCUCCCCUGCUGAGGCCUGAUGCCGGGGAGGGCUGGCCGCCUCUGUCCUCCGGCCUCUGCCGAGAAUACUACUGUGCCCCUGGGAGACCCUCUUUUUAACAAAAGAGCUAUUUAUAUUGUCAUUUCAUAACAAAUCUUCGGCCUUGGGCCCCAUGCCGGGGUCCGCCGGGAGCCGGGGUCCUGGAUUUGGGAAGCCGUGCUGCAGGCCUGGACCCCCAGUUAGUUUUACAAUUAAAAUGUUUUCCUUCA